AAGUUAUGGCAUCGCUUUCAUUGAAUUCCCUUUCAUGAAAAGGAGUUGAGAGAGAAGGAGUUAUAGGACAGAGUGGGUUUAUGUGGAGUGAACCCAUUGCCAGCCUACCCGACCAUGGCAUUCCCGUGAGAGAGACAAAAGGGGAAAAAUUAAAGCCUUUCUUACCCUACGCACUUCCUCUCUCUUAUCCUACACCCUCUAAUUAUUCCAAUUCCCCUUCCCAGUAUUCCCAAUUUCCAAGGGGACCCCUCUUCCCCAGCACUUCAAACCUUUUUUUCUCUUCAGUUAAGUGGUUAACCGUGACCAACGUUUCAUGAUAAAACGUUAAAUGUACGUUGAGACAGUUUCCGCGAGUUCCUCUCACCCAUUACACCAAAUGUUGUUUACCCUCUCCAUAUUCUUCUUGCCGUGUCCUGAUCUUGUUGGAUUCGGGUCUUUUUGUAUGAAUAAAACAUACCCACUUGCGCUAAUUGCCUGUGAUUCUCAAAUUCCCACUUCAAUAGAUCUGAGUCUCUGUAAAGACGUGCGCUUUUCGUGUUUUUCCUUUUCCUUUUUCUCUGGGGGUUUAUUCCUUGCUUUUCUUCUGUUUCCCAGUCUGUAGUAUCUUACUUUAUGUUCAUUCGUGGCAGAUUUAUUUCACAGAAAAGGAUCUUCUUUCUGGAUAAUGUAUGCUGUGCUGUUCAUUUUCUCCAUUGAUACAUGAUUGCCAAAGAUGCUGAAUUUGAUUUAGUUAUAUGAAAGCUUCCAUCAAUGCGGUGUAACUGGAAUAGAGUGGAUGGAUGUAUGUGAAUCAGAGCAAGCAUUAAGGAAACACAGAACCGUGGAGACCCAAAGAGCACCCUUGGUUUCGGCUGAAAAGAACAAUGCAGUCACCACCCGGCGCUCGGCAACAAGGGAAGUUAGUCCACGGUACAAGUCACCAACUCCGGCUACCCCUCGUCGGUGUCCCUCUCCAAACCUCACAAGAACAACACCUGCAUCAUCAUCCAAAUUGUUACCCAAGAGGGCUCAAUCAGUGGAGAGGAAGAGGCCUGCGACUCCUCCUUCCCCAUCAAGUCCUUCUACACCCUCCGUAGAUGUGCAUUUAUCAUCAUCCAGAAGGGUAGUUGGUGGCAAACCAGAGAGUCUUUGGCCUUCCACUAUGAGAAGUUUGAGUGUUUCUUUUCAGUCAGAUACCAUUUCCAUUCCUGUUAGCAAGAAAGAGAAGCCAGUGACAAAUGCUUCUGAUCGUACACUGCGCCCUGCUUCAAAUGUGGCGCAUAAGCAGGUUGAAACACCAAAUAUUCGGAAGUCCACUCCUGAGAGAAAGAGGAAUCCUCUUAAAGGGAAGAAUGUCCCUGAUCAGUCUGAGAAUUCGAAACCAGUUGAUGGUUUGCAUUCUCGAUUGAUAGAUCAGCAUCGAUGGCCAAGUAGAAUAGGUGGGAAGGUAUCUUCUAAUGCAUCAAAUAGAACUUCUAGUGUUCCAGGAACUGGUGUGUCUUCGUUGAGGAGAUUGUCUUUUCCAGGUGAAGCGAGUAAGCCCUUGCACAGAACUUCUAGUGAUGCUGAAAGGCUUUUGUUGCUUGUUGAAAGUGGUAGAAUAGGAAGCGAUGUGAAAGCAGUUGAUGAUAGCUUCCAGGUAUUAAGGCCUCUCAAAUCUGUGUCUGUAACUCAAUCUGAUAAAACAGGAUUAGCAAUUGCUGGAGUCAGAUCUCAGUCCUUGUCAAAUCCGGGAUCACGGCUCCCAUCACCUAUUAAGACCUCAGUGCCAUCGUCUUCUGGUUCAAGGGGUGUCAGUCCAUCUCGGUCACGGCCAUCAACUCCUCCUAGAGGGGUUAGUCCAUCUAGAAUAAGGCCAGCCACUCCAUCCAACCAAUCCAACAAUUCAACUUCGGUGCUUAGCUUUAUUGCUGAUUUUAAAAAGGGGAAAAAGGGUGCAUCCCUCAUAGAAGAUGCUCACCAAUUACGACUUCUCUACAACAGAUACUUGCAAUGGAGAUUUGUCAAUGCCAGAGCAGAGGAUGUAUUUUACAUCCAAAGUGCAACUGUGGAGCAAACUCUGUAUAAUGUAUGGCGCACUACUUUGUCCACCUGGGAAUCGAUUAUUAGGAAGAGGAGCAAUCUCCAGCAGCUGCAGCUUGAGCUGAAGCUGAAUUAUAUCUUGAAUGAUCAACAGAUGGCCUACCUUGAUGACUGGGCUGUACUUGAAAGCGAUCAUGUUGAUGCUCUGUCUGGGGCUGUUGAAGACCUAGAGGCAGAUAUUGAGCAUUUGAAGGUUGCUAUCUGUUCAGCUGUUGAUGCCAUGCAAGCAAUGGGAUCUGCAAUCUGCCCUUUGCUUUCACGGGUGGAGGGCAUGAAUAACUUAAUUUCUGAAGUUGCUAUUGUAUCAGCACAGGAGAAAGCCAUGCUUGAUGAAUGUGAAGCGCUGCUGACUUUUGCAACGGCUAUGAAGGUUGAGGAAUAUAGCCUUCGAACGCAUCUCAUGCAAAUCAAGCAAGCUAUGGAGGUAAAUAAGUAACCAACCUCGGAAAUUCCAACACGCAUAAUACGAGCCUGACCUGCUUCUAAGCUAACAAGAAGUCUCUUGCGGCUGCAGCCAAGUGUUGUAGUAUAUUAGUAUCUAAUAUCUUUCAGGUUCCUUACCAUUGUAAAUUUUUGUGUGAUAGCCUUCUUUUUCCCCCGUUUCCCAAAUAUGAUGAAUAUUAUAUUAUUCCAUUAUCCUUUUUCUUUUUCUUUAUAGUCAACAGUCAACACUGGUGACCCAAGCC